AUGUCGACAACUUCGUCCAUUGAAACGCCAACUUCACCAACGGGUCCACUACAACAUCAGCCACUGCAACACAAUACAAAUCGUAGUAGUCAUCAACAUACAGCAUCGUCGCAUCAACACACUACGAGGGCUAUUGUAGUCAGCGCUGGCGCUGGUCCACAUAAUAAUCCCUAUACACAAACUACCACUACUACAGCGGCUGCAAACAGUAACGUUUCCCAACAGCUAAAUAAUAAACGUUCUCAUUCCACUUCCUCGUCAGCGAACGGGUCUUCCUGCCAUAACGGCGGCUCCUCGUCCUUUAAUCCCAUGGCCAAUAAUAUGAUUUCGCAUGCCAGUCACAAUCAGCAGCAACAACAUCAUCAGUAUAAUAAUCAAUCUUCUACUCAUUCACUUUUAACACCCUCAUCCUCGAACGCUUCGUCGCCCUCUGCAUCGGCUAGUGCUUCUACUGCUGCUGCUGUGGCCGUUCAUCAGCAGCCACAAUACUCCCACAAUAAUCAUUCAACUAAUUCAUAUUCAGCUCAGCAACAACAACAACAUCAUCAUCACAAUAGUUCUUCUACUUCGUCGCAUCAUAAUCAUCAUCACAAUCAUUUGCAAUUUGCAAGGCCAUCGACGUCAAUGUCAGCUCCUUGUACAGCCGCCACCUCUUCGUCGCAAAACAGCUCGUGCACACCAUGCAGCAUUAAACGUCAUACUACAGAUGUUUCUGUUUGCUCUUCAUCGUCCUCCUCUUGCUGUUCAUCGGCCUCAUCUAAUUCGGUCUCAGCUGCAGGUGGCGGCCAUAGUGCUGCUGGAGGAAGUGGAGGUGGUGGUGGUGGUGUUGGUGGCAGUGGCUCAGCAGGUGUAGGCCAAGGAAAUGCCCAUAUUGUUACUCCGGCCGUGAUUACGCAAAAAUCGCGUACUAUACCCUCGGACAAG